AGAAUAUUCUAUGUUGUAUUGUCCUGGCAGUUCCAAAGUGCUCACAGUGCAGGUAGUUUAAAUGGACCUACUGCAGUGUGUGCACUUCAAGUAUUGCCGGUCACCCUCCCUUUGAAGCUCACUACUGAGACCACCUUGAAGAGAUCCAUGGCACAUCAUGGGUUUACUGUGAGUUUUGCAGGUUUGCUUUCAGCUUCUGAAAAUAUCCGCUGUGCAAAUCCAUGCAAAACUCUCUGUACCUGAGAGACUCAACAAACAGAGAAGAGCUUCUGUUCCCCUGGGUCCCGUUGUAUUGUUUUAUAUUAUUCAGAAAACUACAAUAUCCUCAUGUUCAAGUUGAACACCUUUGCUUUGUUUAAGUAUGCAGCAGACAAUCUGUCAGCGCAGCUGUUAUCACGGGCUUGGUCUCGGGGAUGGCAAGCAUGGGGAUGUGUUAUGUACAGUAUACAUCUGUAAUCCGCCAGGUGUUGUGAGCAGCAGCAGUGUGCCAUUUAUCCUUUUGGUUCCUUCUCUAAAUUUAAAACGAUCAACACAACUGCUGAAAUAAAAGAACGUUGAAGGGUUUUUUCUGUCAUUGCUUUUCCUUUACAAAUGCAACAUCUGUAGGAGUUUGUAUCCUUCAUAGGACCAGGCUGUGGACGCUGUGGCUAUAGCCAGUACCCCACUAGAUGGCAGUAGGUGCAUAUGGCGUGCUGCUGUACACUUGAACAAGAGAAAAGCAGAAAGCAAACUACAGUAUGCACUCGGGAUUUGACAGAUAAUAUUACCAUGGUACCUUAACAUAAUUACAGUGUAGGUACACAUUGUUACAUAGUACUUGUACAUGUUUGUGGUAUGUGUAAUUAUACUUUGGAAGGCCUAUUGUUAUAUGCAUAKGAUUUAUAAAGAAAGAAAUGUGUUAUGGCUAAAAUCUCAUAUCACCCUGGAAUUAUUGUUUUCGGAGUUAAUUUGAAAUGAUGCAUGCCACACAUGGUUGCUAAUAAAACUACCAUGUCAAUGGGUAUUGGGGACACUGAAAGGACUCACCUAAGAGUGUAAUUAUUCCAGCUGUUAAUUCGGCCAAAUCGAUGUGCUGUAAUCCUGCUGUCUUUAAUCCUGCUGUCUUCAAUCCUUGUAGACAAUUUAGGGCCGUUUUCCUGGACACAGAUUAAGCCGUAAUGUUUGGAAAUAUGUAAAUGCAUGCUUGAAUGAUUGUCAUUGUUUAAUGGAUACAAUGCAUCUGGAAAUUCUAAUAGAACAACAUGGCACUUAUUCCAUUUUACUAUUAGUAUUUUUUUCAGCAUGUAUAAACACUGGCACACAAUUCAGUCAAAUUGUAAAAUAAUUCUUAUGAAGUGCAGUCUUGCAUGGAGCACCAUUUCUGCUUUAACCUUAUUUCAUAAGCCAAUAAACAGUUGAGAUCCUCAGAUGCUCAUCUCAGAUAGGCAAAAUUGUUUUACGAUUAUCAAUUGAAUAUACAGUAUGUGCUAUGUGAGAAUUCAUAGGAUAAAGCGAACGGUGCCGGUUUGUGGCGUGCGCUGUUAAUUAAGAGCGAUAACGCGCAGUCUUGAUUCAGUGCUCAUCCACCCUGACCGAGCUAGUUGAGAGCAAGCAGUGAGGGGGAUUUACAACUUUAUCAACACCAAUGUCCCGCUUUACCCGAACAUUCUAAAUAACAACAGCAGAUAUACCUACGAGUUUCUGGUAGAACUUGAAUAAGACUGGAAAUCUGAGGAGAACACCAUACAUCAGCACUCCAGAAGGACAUGCAGUUUCGCGGCGUCGGGGAUCUUUUUGAUUGGGAGAGCGGAAGGAUGCUUAUCAAAUAGGGGUCAGGAGCUGCGCUGCUACCUAUCCAACACAACAUUACGAGUGCGCUGUUCAGUUAGUGGUCGUUAAUCUUGCUGUGGGUUAAGUACUGACUUGGCACUCGACAUUUUUAGCAAGMACCUGCAGUGACGGACUAAGUUUACAAAUCGGCUACAUUUUGUGCGGGUGAGCCAUGAACGGUUUCCCGCUGUCUGGCGUGCUCUUUCUGUGCGCCCUGUGCCUGCCGUCCACCCUACCGGGCGGACAGGUACCAGUGACUCCCAGCUGCCACGAGGUGCGCGCGUCAUUUCAGUCUCUGCACCCCGGGUCGAAAUGGGCAAUGGAGACCCCAGUUUCAGGUGCAGACCUGCAGGUGUGCCAGCCCAAGGGCCUGACUUGCUGUUCCAGGAGGAUGGAGGAACGUUACCAGAUGACUGCCAGGCAGAAUAUGGAGUCAGGCCUGCAGACAGUCAGCGCACCGCUCAAACUCCUCAUCAUCCAGAACGCAGCUGUCUUCCAAGAUCAAAGGCCUUCCCCCUCUCCAUCUCCCAUCUUGGAGUAG